UGAUCUUACAUUACUAAAGGGUCGGGAUUCGGUGAGAACAGGUCCUUAUGUGAGAACACUACUGAUAUAUGAGAACAAAUCUAGGCCUUAGGAUCAAACGUCAUCAACGAAUCACAUCAAACGACCUCCAUAUCCAUUCUGUCCUCUCCAUUUCCAACUUUUUCCAGUCGGAAGGCUACAAUGGUCCGAAACCGACCACAAAUUUGGUCGUUGACUGGGUCUCUGUCAACGACAAUGUUGCUCGUAGCUUGCCUAUUUAUGUCGGCGGUUUCUCUCUCCUCGCCGUCCUCUUCAAUCGUACUGUUUCCGGCAUUGCUCCUAUUGCCGACCCCAGUAGGUUAUGCAGAGGCCCGGCAGUAGACUUGGAAGAGUUGCCACUUCUGCCAUUGAGGUGUUUGUUGAUGAGGAAUGUUCAGAAUUGCAACAAACUAGUGAUUCUCAAAGCAUUACAAAUUCCCAAUUGAAGGACAGGGAAGAAGUUAACCUCAAAAGGUAUGUUUUCCCAAACUGCUAUUGAAGUGUUAUUGAUUUGGCAUUCCAAAUUAUAACUGAAAUACUAUCUUGCAGAGAAACUGAAUUACUUAAGGAAAACCCACUGCGUAACUUUCCUGCCAGCAGUUUCCCUCGAUGAUUCCAUUCCUAUACGGUUCUAGUCUAUGCUCUCAAUCUUUGGAGAAUCUGGAGAAGGGAACAACAAUUUUCUUAGAGCAGUUCCAAUUUUAAGGGUGAAAUCUUGCAUCUGUUUCCUCUUUGUAUAACACAUGUCUACAUCAUACGACAUAAACAAUCUCUAUUGUUGUUUUUAUCAUUUGUCAAAUGAGCAAACUAUUUAAAAGGCAUGACUUAGCGCACUUUGAUGAGCAAAACGUAAUAUUAUAACAUGUGAUAGCAUGUUUAAGGCCUUGUUCAAGUCAAUUGUAAAUAUAAUCAAAGUUUAGAAUGCAACAUUGAUGAACCAAUUAUCAGUCAAUAGAGCCAAUUAUCAAUAGCAACCAAAGUAGAAUUUUCUAGCAGAAUAGAGCAAACAGUUUGGCUGGGAAAUUUAUAUGGGCAAAUGACCAGAACCAGACAGUAGCCUUGUACGAAGAAAGAUGUCCUUGUGGGUAUAAAAGCACCAUCAACUAGGAAGCCUAACAGCCUAAAAGAGCCUUCAACAGCUAGAACACUAAGUUUUUGAACCGGUAGGCAGGAACAGACACAUGACAACAGUAUUAUACAAUCACAUCUAGAUUUGAAUGAACUUACUUCUGGUACCGCCUAGAUGCAAAGUACCAAAAAGUGACCAACCUAAACUCCUCAAACAAUUGAGCUUCGAAAUCCGUUGUGUUUCUAAGAGUGCAAUCACUGCAAUGAACCUGAAACUUCUUCUCGAGGUGCACAUAUAUCUGUUCUUUUACAUCAAUAGUUAUCACCAAUAACACCAUAAAUUAAAUGAGGCUGACAUCUUAAAUGUGAUGCAGACUGUAAUUAGACAUCAAUUUGACUUAUAACCUGAAACCUUAUGAUAAGAAUUCUUCAGACCUUCAUUUACAAAUUUAUCAAAAAGAGCUAAAAAUAACAGACAAUCCUUCAAGAUAGUCAGAGAAGUCCACAAAAAGGAGACAGUGACAUGCUGAUAAACCAGCCAAAAAAAGCAGAGAGAUAUCAAUGAAAUCCAUAAAGAAGACUUACAUGCCCCUAUUUUAGACAAGCAUCUAGGAAAAUAGGAUGGUAAAGGGCUAAAAUGCAAUAAGCACAUACAACCCUUACUAGUUAUGCAUUAUACAUUUCAUGAUACCCAUAUGCCUACAUAUUGAAAGCAAAUUUUAUAAUCAUCAUCUAUAAUUUGAAAAAAGCAUAUACAUGAAACUAAAUAAAAGAGAUUAUUUCAAUAAACUUUAAUACAGCUCAUACAACCCUUACUAGUUGCUAGUCAGGAGAAUUUUCUCUACAUUAUUUCAGCUGGAUAAGGUUCAUUAUAGCAUGGAUAUGGCCACCUAACAUGAGUAUACAAUUGUACACUUUCACUAUGAUUCUUAAUGCAUAUGGUGUCUCCAAAAAUAUGCAAACGUUGGUGGCUGAACCAUACAGGGCAUUAAUAAUGGAAUCCAUGCUUUAUACAUUUCUAUAGGUUAAUAAUUAUUUUGCUCAUUUGACAAAAUGCAAUAAACACAUACAGUAUCUUUCAAUAAACACAUACAAUAU